UUCUAAUUUAUUAGAGAAUUGAAGAAGGAUGGAAAAGGUUGUGGGAAUCAAACAACUCCGUGCAUCUAAACACGAAGUACGCCCAAAAAACUAUCCUGCGGUGCCACAAUGGGUUGUUAUUAUGUACAACACCGUCUUCUUCAGGGCAUGCAUCACUCAUCCAGACUCAAAAAUGGAUCGUUUCUGUGCUGAUUGCUACUCUUCUUUGUGCUCAAAUUGUCUUCCAGCUCAUGCUCGCCAUAAGCACGUCAAGAUUCGAAGAUAUAUCUAUAGCGAUGUAAUCAAUCGCCAAGACUUGUCCAAGCUCUUCAACUGCUCUGGCAUACAGACUUAUGUUACAAAUAAAGCUAGAGUGCUAUUCUUGAAGCAAAGGAACCAUUAUCAUCGUCACCAACAGCAGCAAAUUAAUUUCAAGGACUAUAGAUGCAUCAUCUGUCACAGAAGUAUGCAAGAUAAUAAUUCACACUAUUGCAGUAUUGAAUGCAAGGUUACGGCCAUUUAUGGAGGCGAGUGCAGGAAAGAUGAAUACCGAAUUCAACAUCUCAAAAGGCGGAAAUUAAAGCAAUCGAGGAAGGGAUUUCCGCUAAGAGCCCCAAUGUUCUAACGUACCCCGGGGAAUUAAUU